CUCACGCGGAUCGUCCAUCGGUGGCAACUCGCUCGGAUAACGGACUGCCAUCGGUUUGCGGUGUCCUCAUCGAGCUUUUGAAAACGUUUUUUAGUCACUAAGUUUAUUUACCUUUUCACUGUACAGUCGAAAGUGCUAAAAAAUAUCAGAAGCGAAAAUGGUCUCUCGAUUCAAACUUGUGGUCCUGUCCCUUGGAUACCUGGUUCACUACACAGCGGCGUACGAUUCUCUGAAAACGGUCGACCUGUCAAACCGCGGCCUUGCACGGGAGGACUUCUUUAUCAAGCUUCAGCACCAAAUCGACAUGCGAGAAGUCAACGAGCUGAUACUGCGGGGCAACAGGUUCGACAGCUUCAUUGAUUGCUCGACAAAGCUUGACAGCCUGCGUAUCCUCGAUCUCUCGUACAACAAUCUCAGGAAGUUCUUCUUCCUCUGCCAGGAGGAGUACAACUUGGUCUCGUUGAAUGUCAGUCACAAUGAAAUCGAGUACAUUAACGACGAGGCUCUGAGCCACAGGGUCAUCAACCUCAAGAUACUCGAUGUCUCCUAUAACAAACUUUACGUCGUCAACGAUACUAUGUUGCAGCACAUGAAGAACCUGGAAGUUCUAUCGCUCGCAAGCAAUCCGAUCGAGGAGAACAUUGACUCAUGGGUCUUCCAAAAUCUAACGCAGCUGAAGCACUUGGACCUACGCAAUAUUUCGUCCCCGUACUUCUCCCCAAUGCUCUUUGAGCCACUAACGAAUCUCGAGCAUCUGGACCUGUCCUACAAUCCGAUCGAAGACGUGCCACCCCUGCCAUCAGGUCUCAAAGUCCUUUACAUUUGUGGCACGAACAUCCUACACCUGGGCAGCUUUGUGAUGCCCCAACUGCGCGUUCUCGCGCUGGAAAACUCGUUAAACCUGACAUCGGUGCUUCUUAACAACUUCGAAAACCUAACGCACCUCGAGAUCCUGUCGAUGCGCGACUCUCCAAAGCUGGCCCAGCUAAGGCUCAGGCCCAUGAGCAUUGGAUCGCCACUGCUACCCCAGCUCAGGCAACUGUCCCUGCAGGGCUGCGCCCUCGAAACCCUCGACGCCGAUCUGCUUCCACUCGUAGAGAGAGUUGCGGUGCUCGACUUUCAGAACAAUCCCUGGAAGUGCGACUGCCAUAUGAAGUGGCUGAAUGCCAUCAAUAUGACCAUCGAUCUUGUUUAUAGCUUCAGAUGCCAGACACCAGCAAGGUACCGAAACCGAUUGCUCAACAACAUCACGGACGAUGAAUUGGAGUGCAAGAAUUCGCUUAAACCUAGUAUCGGUAUGAUGGUCCCGGGUACGAUCCUCUAUCCCAUACUUUGGGUUAGCUUGGUCAUACUGACUGUGGUUUUGUUGGUGUUUUCAACUCUACAUUACUCGCGAGGCUGCGUCACUCAGCUGCUCAUAAAAAUACGCCAUAGGGGUAACGACACGAUCAGCUACACCACUGUCAUAGAGACGACCAACGACACGAUUCGGAUACUACCGGUUGCAGAUCCUCAGGAUGCCGAAAUCUUACCGAAUAAGUAUCAACAAACAGGGAAUGAAAAGACUCCUUAGACGUGCGAUAUGGCAGAUAAAACAUACAUGAAUUUUUAUGAUGUUUGAGGAAUUACAAUUUCAGAUUACGGGACGUUGGGUCAUAACACAUUUUUCAUCGUUGGUUGAGUAGAACAAAAUCGCUCACGGAAGCAAGAUAUAUUUCACUGUGACGAUGGAUCAUACACUUAUAUGUUGACUUCAAUGAUAUUAAUGUCACAAUGUUUUGUAUUAAUAAUCAAUCAUAUUAUUGUCAUGAAUUUGAUGCAUCUAUCAGUGCUUAAAAUUAAUUAUUAAAACUGCAAAGAUUGUCAUUUUUCUACGGAACAUCAAGUAACGCUAGAUCUCAGUUAAAACUUGACAUUAUUGUUAUAUAAUAUUAAAUUGUACUUAU